GGUCUGUCCGCAAGGCCGAUUGGUGGACGCUGUGAAGAGCCAGCCGGUGAGGAGGGCUGAGGACCCUCGUCUGGGGUGGGGUUGGGCGCGCGGGGGUCGGGGCAGGGGCUCGCGGAGUGGAAGCAGGGUCACGAGGUGCAGCCGGACGGACCCUCUGGGCUGCGGAAUGCUGCUGGGAGAGAGUUGUACAUUUGCAAAAUCCUGAGGCUCUUGGACUGAAAAAGACCUUCCUCUCCCACCUACGGUCUCCACCAUGAUUCAUAGCCUUUUCUUGAUCAACUCCUCUGGAGAUAUUUUCUUGGAGAAACACUGGAAAAGUGUGGUGAGCCGUUCUGUUUGUGAUUACUUUUUUGAGGCGCAAGAGCGAGCAACUGAGGCGGAAAAUGUCCCUCCAGUUAUUCCCACCCCUCACCACUAUCUCUUAAGUGUUUACCGUCACAAGAUCUUUUUCGUGGCUGUGAUCCAGACGGAGGUCCCGCCUCUGUUUGUCAUUGAGUUCCUUCAUCGAGUAGUGGACACAUUUCAGGAUUAUUUUGGAGUCUGUUCAGAGCCAGUGAUAAAAGACAAUGUGGUUGUGGUUUACGAGGUACUGGAAGAGAUGCUUGACAAUGGGUUUCCAUUGGCUACCGAGUCGAACAUCCUCAAAGAACUGAUAAAGCCUCCCACUAUCCUUCGAACAGUAGUCAACACCAUCACAGGAAGCACCAAUGUGGGUGACCAACUUCCCACUGGGCAGCUGUCUGUGGUACCUUGGCGACGGACCGGGGUGAAAUAUACCAACAAUGAGGCCUAUUUUGAUGUGAUUGAAGAGAUUGAUGCCAUCAUUGAUAAGUCAGGGUCCACCAUCACUGCUGAGAUCCAGGGGGUGAUCGAUGCCUGCGUCAAGCUGACCGGAAUGCCCGACCUCACGCUUUCCUUCAUGAACCCCAGGUUGCUGGAUGAUGUCAGCUUCCAUCCGUGUGUUCGCUUCAAGCGCUGGGAAUCUGAGCGCAUCCUGUCCUUCAUUCCCCCUGAUGGAAACUUCCGCCUGCUCUCUUACCAUGUCAGUGCACAGAACCUGGUGGCGAUUCCAGUGUACGUCAAACAUAACAUCAGUUUCCGGGACAGUAGUUCUCUCGGGCGCUUUGAAAUAACAGUGGGGCCUAAGCAGACCAUGGGGAAGACCAUAGAGGGGGUGACUGUCGCCAGCCAGAUGCCCAGAGGCGUCCUGAACAUGAGCCUCACGCCGUCUCAGGGGACACACACGUUUGACCCAGUUACUAAGAUGCUGUCCUGGGAUGUGGGAAAAAUAAACCCCCAAAAGCUACCAAGCUUGAAGGGGACCAUGAGUCUUCAGGCCGGAGCUUCCAAACCAGAUGAGAACCCCACGAUCAACCUGCAGUUUAAGAUCCAGCAGCUGGCCAUUUCUGGACUCAAAGUGAAUCGUCUGGAUAUGUAUGGCGAGAAGUACAAACCCUUUAAGGGCAUAAAAUACAUGACCAAAGCUGGGAAGUUCCAGUUCGAACCUGAAGGGAGAGUUCUGCAAAGGGAACAGUCAUGGACACUUUUUCAUUUCUUACUUGUCCAAAAGUGAAAACCAUCAGCCUGUCUCCUGGGUCCGUGCCCCCCUCUGGACCCACCCGCUCCCAUUUGUCCUUAGCCUUCGGUGCCAUGGAACCCACAAAGGGAGGCAGGGCCACCAGGGAAGCCUGGGCAGAACGACCCGCCAGCAGCACAGCUCAGUUUUCCAAGCAGAGGUGUGCAGUGAGGUGGAGGCACUUGAGGCCACGUGUGGCUCCUUGUGACGUGGUUACCAGAGAAGAGACCAGCACUUGUUACUUGCCUGGCUUUAAUUCUCUAAAGUCAGGGAAAGACUACUUUGUGUUUUUUAAGGUGGAAACAAAGGUUAGAAAGACAACAAGCUUGGAAGAAAGCGAAUCAGUCAAGGAAGGGCUGGGAGGGCUGUGCUCCUGGGCUUGAAGUGAGGGCAAGGGCGAGGGGACCAGCCAGCGCCACCUGCAGGAGGCCGAGGGAAUGGAGUUGAAUUGGUUUCUUUUUGACCCCGAUACUGUCACACGUAAAAAUUUGUCCUUCUGGAAGUGAACUGGCACUUGUUAAAUUGAGUCCACUGUUGACAUAGAAACCCCCACUAGAAUCCGAUAAAUAUCCGAACAGUGUUCAGAUAACUGACCGCUGCCUGCCUUUAGUGCUCAUGUUGUCAAUGAGGAGGUGGCCUGCCCUGUCCCCAGUGGGUGUGACAUGCUUCUUCCCCUGACCCCAAACACUUGCACCCACUUCACCUUACAGACUUCCUGUCACCUGAGGAGACUCUCAGGAUCCAGUCCCAUCACCCUGGGCAGCAGAUUCUGUGUCAUUGUGCUGGUACCGAUAUGGCCGCCUGGCUUCUGUCACUGUGACCCACGGGUUUCUCAUUCACGGUGGGUGCAGCGCUGGUGCCCCUGACAUCCUUGAAUAAAAGUGAUGUAGGAAGAUGGGCCAUGCCGAUUGUGCGCGGCCCAGUUUUAAAAACACGGCAGUGAAGGAGUACCUGAGGCUCUCCCAGUGGCUCAUUUUUAUUCUAGUUCAAUGUGCCCAUUACCCAUUUAAAUAUUUAUAUAAAGACAGGUGCUUUUUUUUUUUUAAUUAUAGCUCAAGGAAUGGCAUUUGUGCUCUGUUUUGUGCACGGAGAAAAAUGAAGCCCUUGAGUUCUCCAAACCCUACGAUUUUUCUCUAAAGCCCUGUUUCCAAAUACUUAAGCAAUCCCUCCCUCCCAGUUUCAUCUUCCUACUUCCUGGACUUGUUUUUGCUGCAGAAUGAUGUUGCUUUGUGGUUUUCCUCUGGAUUCAAUUGUGUACAACCAGGUGUGUGUCAUACCCCAUCACUCUGCAAAGUCUUGUCCCGGGAUCACCAGGCCCCAUGGUAGGGACACCUCUCUACCUGAGGUUUUUAUUUUAUUCUUUGCCUUUUAGGGCCACACUGGCAGCAUAUGGAGGUUCACAGGGGUCAAAUUGGAGCUGCAGCUGCCAGCCUAUGCCACAGCCACAGCAAUGGCAGUUCUGAGCCAAGUCUGUGACCUAUACCACAGUUCAUGGCAACACUGGAUCCUUAAUCCACUGAGCAAGGCUAGGGAUUGAACCCAUGUCCUCAUGGUUACUAGUUGGGUUCAUUACCACUGAGCCACAACAGAAACUCCUCUGUCUGUGUGUUUUAGAACGCUGGAACCACUUCCACCCAGGGCUCUGGGGGAUUUCAAGGUUUCCUCGGUCACGGAAACAAUCAGUCUUGGUCCCUGAAUAUUCUUAGGUCCAGCUGCUUUAUUUCCUCCAGGACAGCACAUCUUAAUUUCAAGGGAAGAAGUUAAGGAGAAAUAAAGCAUCAGGAAUGUGGGACCCGCAACCUUAGCAUGGGGGUGGGGGGAAUCCCUGGGCCGCAGACCCCCCCACACCCCCUGCCCACAUACACACAUCCCCCUCCACCCAGCGCAGUAUUAGCAGAGGUGGUGCCUGGCACCUCCAUCGGGGCAACUAGUUCCAAAUGUGUUUGAUGUGUAAGAAGCAUCUUCUAUGUUUAAAUCUUAAUAAAGUUGAGUUCUACCAGUCC